UUAGGCUUAGGCUCAGUAAGCUCAUGAGAAGCAAGUCUAGCCGUUAAGCAGAUCUCGAGUUUUAUAUCAUGUACAAUGGUUGAUGCUAACAAUCGCACAAACGUUUGCUAGCAGGUGGGUCUAACGUCAACCGUCGAUGCCUCGUAAUUGUGAACUACCAAUUGUGGUCAACAGAGUAACGAGAAUGUUCCAUGCAGAAACAGUAAAAUACAAACUGUAAUCUCCAUGUUAGCUGAUAGGUGGCGCUAUGGGAUAGUGUUUGCAGUCAAUAGUUCACCCAAGAGCAGCAGGUAUGGCGGACAACGUUCUCGUCAGUAGCCAACGGCACUACAUCCAGGGAAGGUACAACGACGCCAUCAAACUCUUGUCCCAGGCCCUGAAGGACAAGGGGCGUUCAUUGGAGCCCAAGGACACCGCGGCGAUCCACUGUAAUCUUGCUUCUUGCUAUUUAAAGCUAGGACUUCUGCGGAAAGUUGUGUCAAGUUCUGACGCCGCCAUCAAAGUGGACGCCUCUUCCCUCCAGGCGUACCUGUACAAAGGUAAGGCACUGUACAGACUGAAGAAGCCUGACCAGGCGCGGGAGGUGUGGGAGUCAGCCCUCUCCAGGUACGGGGACUUCCAGGUGCUGACUGAGAUCCUGGACUGCAUCCAGGGUUUGGAGGACGAAAAGUCUGGCAAUACACAAGCCCAACAGUCUACCAAUAUAGAGGUGAAUGGUGAUGCAGACAGUGAGAGGUCAACGACCCCCCAACCCAUGCAGGAAGGGACAACAGAGAGUCAACAGGACAACAAGAAAACAACAGGUGGCUUUCUGGAUCCCAAGAGCACAGAGUUCCAGGUGGCACGGGGGUUUCUACUUGUGAACGAAUCAAACUACACCGAAGCCAUCAAGCUUUUCAACACCAUUCUCCAGCUGCACCCCAUGACGUACAAGGCCUACGUUGGGAGGGGGACAGCGUACGCCAUGACCAGACAGCUCCUAAAGGCAGAGGCCGAUUUUACGCAGGCUCUCACACUUGAACCCAAAGAAGCAGAAAUCUGGAAACGCCGUGGUCAGGUACGAGCAGCUCUCGGCAAGGAGAGCCAAGCAAUCGAGGACUUGAACCAAGCCCAGUCCAUUGCUAAGGACGUGGAUGUGGACAUACAGAAGGAGGUUGGUCUGAUCUAUCAAGCAAAAGGUGACAAUGUUUCUGCACUCAUGCACUUCAAGAGGGCCGAGAAAGUCCUCCUGGGGAAACAGAAGCAAGGAGACCUGGACAAGUCCCAGGGUAAGACCUUGUGGAACGCCAUGGGCCUGUGUCAGAACGGCCUGGGGUACUGCAUGGACGCCGUGGCUUCCCAGCAGCGGGCACUAGACCUGGAUCCAGACUUCCGCGAAUCCAUCGUGAACAUGGCUCAGGCGUACAAGGAUUUUGGGAACUUUCGGACGGCAGAUGAGCUGUUCACUCGAGCCCUGAAGCUGGAGCCUGGCUGUGUGACCACGCUGAACCUCCACGGCCUAUGCCUGUACGGCGCCGGCGAGAUCCGCCGCAGCUACGACACCUUCUGUAAGAUCCUGGAGAUCUCCCCACAUAGCGAAGACUGUCUGUUCAUGCACGGCAUCAGUGCACAAGGCUUGGGGCUGUUCCGCAAAGCCGCGGAGAGCUUCUCCAGGAUAAAUGGGAUGAACCCCUCCCACUGGGCCUACUACACCCGCGAGCUGUCCCUGUUCCAACACCACCACCUGGACAUGCCCAUGAAAGACUAUAACGCAGACAUUGAGCUAAACGAGUGUUUCAAGGAAGCGUGGACCAAGAGACUUGACCCAACCCAUCUGACCUUUGACUAUUGCAAGCAGGCUGACUUCAGUCCAGAUAUUGCCGAUGUGGAUCAGAAUGCAACUCUUAGUAAUGUUGCAAGAGACAUUGCAAAGGUAGCGUUUCCCCUGGGUGACAAGCUACAGUAUCACACCCCGGGGUUCCUGGUGAACAGGAAGCAGCACCGCUGGUUUGGCCUGGCCAUGCUGGACAUGGCGCAGACAGUACGCCGCGUCUGGAGGGUCAUGAGGAAACAGGACACAGGCGGCAGCAUCAUCGUGACGGGCCGUGCCAGUAGUGGCUGCCGCACGUCGCACGUAUUCGGCUGGCGGGACCUGUUUGACAUUGCGGUGAAGUGGCGUCAGGCCUCGGAGCCGAACGACCCAGUGUGGUGGGUGGACCUGCUGAACCAGGAGACCUUUGCUGAGGGUUUUGGUUCCCAGACUCCCAUGAUCCUCGGACAGUGUCACGUGGUGCGCUACUACCCCUACUGGAAAAAGGCAUUCCCCCUGAUGAAGGAUCUGAUGAAGGACCAGUGUACCCCCUCCCCCGCACAGCUAGAACAGAUCAAGGAGGCCAAGACUCCGCACGACCUCUACGUCAUCCGCAGUCACGACUUCUACGUGGCCACGCCCUGCCACAGCCAGGCCGUCCCCGGCCGCAUCAUGGAGGGCACGCGCCUCACCAUCCAGAAGAAGACUCGGUACGGCUACACGUGUUCUAUCCGCACGCCCGGCACCCCCGCCCGGUGGAAACAGUUCGACCAGGAGAUGGGGCAUGCCUGGGAGAAACUCUGCGAGGAGGCAGUGGGCCCACAGCCCGACACCAGAACCGUGUUCGAGCUCACCGCCACCCUGGCGUACUACUGGUACAACUUCAUGCCCCUGUCCCGCGGCUCAGCGGCCUGCGGACUCCUCUCACUCCACGCCGUGCUGUUGGCCAUGGAUCUGGAGAUCGGGCGGCCCAUGCCUGCUGGUUUGCAGGUGGACUGGGAGGCCAUCUUCCUGCCCACACCGCGGGACUUCAUCAGCAUGCUGGAUGAGUGGGUGGGCUCCUCUCUGCAGUCCUGUGACCCAAGUCCUCUUCACUCCCUCCCUAAUGUGUCAGAAACUUUCUCAACUCUUAGGUCCAUUUUGGAAAUUCUUAAUUAUGAAAAAAGUCUAGAAUAGUUUCUUCUCUUUACCUUAACUCUGUGUAGGCAUACUUUGAUUUGGGAAACUUUUGUUGUGGUUUUCUUUGGCAGCAAGAGGGAAAUAGAAAAUAACGACUUGAAAUUUGGUGGACAUCAAUAGAAGGUUUUGAUUAUACUGUUAUAGUAUGUAGUUAAUACUAAGAACUUGUGCCCAGAAAUGCGAGUUAUGCCCCUUGAUUCUGCAUAAGGCCCCAAUCUUUUGAUUCAGAGUGCUUGUAUGUCAAAUUUGGUAUGUCUCACUGAACUACGUAUCUUGGCUUGAAUUUUACUGAUACAUGUACAUGUAUAUGACAGUGUACAGUCAAUUGAUUUACUAGUAGUAGUAGUAGUACAAUAGAUUGGGUACUCUGUGUUCGGGUAAUAAUAUUUUCAAUAUCAAACUGUAAUAAUAUGUUAUACCUUGUAUGCUAUUAUUUCAGGGACUUUCUCUAAUAUAGCAGAAGCAAUCUAAACAUUACACAUGAUACACAGUAUCCAUAAAAUUUCAAAUGUUUGCACAUGUACAUUGUACAGAGGGAAAGAUAGAGGCUCCUGGAAAACAAUGUGAUUCAAAGAAGAUGCUUACGUCAAAGC